AUGGCGGCCGUGGUAGAAAGAGUUGAUGGAUGUGUUGGGUCCUUGGACUCAGAUAUCGUGUCACUAAGACACACACCCCCUCCAUCGGACCAGCAGCACCAGAACAACCCCCUGCUGGGCCUGCCCAUCGUGGCCAUCGAGACCAUCCUCAACUUCCUGUCCUACGAUGAGAUCAGCCUGCUGCGCUCGGUAUGCAAGCGCAUGGACAUGAUUUGCCAGCGUGUCCUGAAUCAGGGAUUCCUGAAGGUGGAGCGUUACCACAGCCUGUGCCAGAGGCAAGUCAAAGCCCAGCUGCCCAGGAGAGAGUCAGAGAGGAGGAACCACUCCCUGGCCCGUCACGCUGACAUCCUGGCUGCUGUGGAGACCCGCCUUUCACUACUCAACAUGACCUUCAUGAAAUAUGUGGACUCAAACCUGUGUUGCUUCAUUCCUGGAAAGGUUAUAGAUGAGAUUUACCGCGUGUUGCGCUACGUGAACUCUACCCGAGCACCUCAGCGAGCUCACGAGGUUCUGCAGGAGUUGAGGGACAUCUCCUCCAUGGCCAUGGAGUACUUCGAUGAGAAGAUCGUCCCCAUUCUGAAGAAGAAACUGCCGGGAGCCGAUCUGUCUGGUCGCCUCAUUGGCUCUGCACCAGGAUUUGUUGGCAAGUCCUUGCAAGGCUUCUGA